AUGGGGAUGCAAGAAAAAACGCUUUUGCUUGUGGUAGGCAAUAAAGAAAUGUCUAUGCUGUCAGGAACAUCACAGGCAUAUGUCCUGUCUUCAGAUAAAGGUUAUGGUGUGAAAAGAGUGUCUCCGUCCAAUACUUUUAUAGUGAAGAGAGGUAAUAAGUAUAUAAAGAUCGAUUAUGUACUGGAGCUUGUUGAAAACCCAUUGGAUCUUGAGAAAAUCUACCAUCUUAUUCCACCCAGUUCGAUAUGGAAUCUACUUCCCCCAGUGGACCUCAAAAGCCAUUUCUACCUCGGUGAUGGCCAAGUAAGACUUGUAGAGAAAGAGCUGAAACUGCUAAAACUAAAUGAUGGGCAUGUAAGAAUCAGCUAUAAAGACAUGGCAGAUAUAGUUUGUUACAUGAGCAGUAUUAGGGACCGCGAUGAUUUCGAUCUUAAAAUGGAUAUUUAUCCACACCUGGUCAAGGAAUGGGCCCUGGAAAAUUUCACAGGAGAUUCAACGGAAAUAGGGCUUUAUUGUCUCUUGGGCUGUGACGAAGAAAAUGAUAUGACGAGCUUCUUGAAACGAUGGGAGGACUCGUCUCCAAAUGAAAUAAACAUUGAGGGGCUUGUCCGCCAAGUAAACUCCACAUUUAUUAUUCAAGAAAAGAAGGCAAGACUGCAACAGUACCUCAAUAAAUUGAUUGGAUAA